GAAGAGGAGGCGUUUUUAUUGUGCUAGUGUUUUUGUGAUUGACUUUAUAUUAUAAAAUUUAUGUAGAAUCAUGUCUACAACGCAUUUCAUCGUGUUUUCCAUGCUGCUAGCUGUGAGCUACAGCCAGAGGUCACCUUAUGCUGGUCGAGAUCCGAUUGGCUACCCCAAGAUCGAAGUGACCACCGUCAGCACCACUACAGUGAGAAACCAGGACACUUUGGGCAACAAAUUCGGUGAAAACCAAACAACAACAACGACAACAACAGAGCGAUUGCCGCUUGAAGCACUCGGCGACAGAGAGCUGGUGAACAGACUGGGCCAGCUGCCUCAAGACAAGCAACCCUUCUGGUUCCUCAACUGGCAGGAGUUGGAGAAACACAGGACCAGGCCUCACACAUUCGACCAGAAACCAAACGUCUUCAUCAGCCCAGUGACUCUUCCACCGAAUACAAUCAACAACAACCAGGUGCCGCAGCAAAAUAGUUUAAACAACCAGGUUGCCCAACAAACAAAUGUCUUGAACAAUCAAGUGCAACCCCAAAAUAACUUAAACCAAGUGCCACAACAGAACGCUAUCAACAACCUGGUUGUGCAAAGACCCCAGAACAGCUUGAACAACCAAGUAGUGCAAAGGCCCCAAGCUGGGUUGAACAACCAAGUGGUGCAAAGGCCCCAAGCUGGGUUGAACAACCAAGUGGUGCAAAGGCCCCAAGCUGGGUUGAACAACCAAGUGGUGCAAAGGCCCCAAGCUGGGUUGAACAACCCAGUAGUGCAACAGCAAAAUGCUUUCAACAACCAAAGAAUGCCUCAGCUAAAUUUUAGAUCUUUUUAAAUAAACUUGGAUUGCUAUAA